AAUGGAAAGUACCAGUUAAGAGAGGAAGAAAUUUUGAUUGCACAAUUUUGAGCCAAAUGUCCCAAUUCAUAGUUGUUACCAGCUCACACACACAUUAAUCACACACAUUAAUCUGUAUUCAAUCUGGGUCCAGACUGACCUUGAGCUUUUCACCUGAAGUAUGCGCUUUGCAUCCAUUAAGUCGAUGUGGUGUAAAACCAUCUCACAGCAUCAGCGUGAAGUGUCUAUUACCACCGUCUUAUUUCCUGUUUAUAUGGCAACUGCCUCAACAUCCUGUUUUUAAUUACUUCUCUCCAGCAGCAGAUGCUUCUCACAGCAACCUGCUGUGGAUUACUCCCCUGAGAACUAAUGUGCUGUGACAGACCCCACUUUUCCAAUCAAUAACUCGCCCUAAAUCUGCCAUCUCUCUGCCUGCCAAACACACUCCCACUUCUAAUGGCACAUCAUUUUCUUUAAGGGGGUGUAAUUGCAGACUGUGGAAAGCUGUAGCCCUUUGUGUUCCAACUACGUAGAUACUGUAAAGGAAUCUAAAAGUACAGAAAUUACAGCACGCAGGCGACACAGGAAGUGAUGGGGGCUUUACACUGUGUUCAGUCUCGCCACCAUUUCCAUCACAUUACCCUUUGAGAAAGCAUUCACUUCCCUGUUUUGGCUGAGUGCUCAGAUAAAAUCGCUGUGCGGCUUCAUAAACCUGUUGGCACAAGCUUGUCAAGAUGCUUGUGUGAUUUCUGUGACCUCAAAUUCCGAGUGGACUAAUGAGGAAUAACGUCUACAUAAUGUUCAAAAUUUCAGAAUGAAGCUGGAUCUAAACUUCUCCAACAUGUCUGUGGAGUCUGGUUCUGUAAAGCCAGAGCAGGGACCGGUGGAGUACCGCAUGGCAGGCCUGAUUUUCUACUGCUUCGUCUUCGUCAUAGGAGUCAUAGUCAAUGUCACUGCUUUAUGGGUGUUUUCUCUCACUACCAAGAAGAAGAAUUCUGUCACCAUCUACAUGAUAAACGUGGCGGUGGUGGACCUCACCUUCAUCCUGCUGCUUCCCUUCAGAAUGGUUUACCACCACCAGGACUAUUGGCCCUUUGGAGACGUUUUCUGCCGAAUCAGUGCAGCUCUCACCAUCUUCUACCCCUGCAUGGCUCUGUGGCUGUUUGCUCUGAUCAGCGCUGACCGCUACAUGGCCAUCGUUCAGCCAAAGCACAGCAAGGAGCUGAGGAAUGUCCCAAAGGCCGUGGUGGCAAGUUUUGGGGUUUGGCUCAUGACCAUGGGCAGCACCGUGCCCCUGCUCUUCUCUGAGGAUGAUCCCGAUCGCAUCUCCAACUUCACCACCUGCAUCAAGAUGCAAGACAUCAUCUACAUGCGCCAUGACAACCCCGUCAACUUUGUGCGGCUCAUUUUCUUCUUCCUGGUUCCCAUAUGUAUAAUGAUUGGCUGCUAUAUUGUCAUUGUGGAUAAUCUGAUCCACGGCCGCACCUCUAAACUCAAACCUAAAGUUAAGCAAAAGUCCAUCCGGAUUAUCAUCACACUGAUUGUCCAAAUGUUGGUUUGUUUUGUGCCUUUCCAUGUAUGUUUAGUGCUCCGUUUGGUGGGGACAGGCGAAGAUGGAGGGUUUAGCACAUGGGCGGUCUUCACCACAUUCUUGAUGAACCUGAGCACAGUGUUAGAUAUCAUUCUGUUCUACAUUGUCUCCAAGCAGUUCCAGGACAGGGUGAUCAGCGUGAUUCUGUACAGGAACUAUCUGCGAAGUGUGAGACGGAAGAGCAGGCACACACACACAGGCAGCAUCCGAUCAAUGAGCAACCUGACCAGCGCAAUUAUAUGAAACAACCAUCAAACUUUCAUGUCAAACAGUGCACUGAUAUGUGCUGUGCACGCUUUGGAUCACAAUGUAACACUGAAUGCUUCACUGUGUACAUGGUUCAUUAUCAAAAGGAUCUAAACUUGCAAUUAAUUUCCAAGGUGUAAUUUACACUCACAGUAUGGGAGUGCUGCUGUUGUGGCAAAAACAUCUGUGUUCAGAGCUGAUUGACUCACCCAUGAGACUUGAGAUGUUUUUUGUGCAUCUUUGCUUUGGCAGACAAAGCACGAGUAUGUGUGGCUCAGGUGUAAUACAUGCAGGCGAAAAUAAAGCUCAUAAUCAUUCAAAACAUAGCCCACAGUAUCGCAGCGUUUGCUUUGUUGUUAUGCACAUUGAAACUCUUCUCAGCCAUGUUAACCAACACCUACAAAGGGCCUGACUGCCUCCACGGGGGUGGGGGGGAAACCAACAGGAAACAAUGGUGGGUUCUGGAAGGCUGCUUUUGUUUGGUAGCUGCACCACAUUUGCAACUUCGCCUCUGUAGCACCUCAGUGCUUCAUCAUGGCUUAAAUAUAAGUAGUGAUGCUGCAUGAGGUCAUGCACAUGCAAAUAAUUAAGUUUGCUUGACUGGUGCCACUUCACCGUGUCAUAUUUGGGAAGUCUGAGUUUAAGCCCAACCACUUGAUACAAGACAUAAUUUUAUCACUCAGUACAAUCGUCCUGAAAGUUGCUGUUAACUUAUUGACCAGGUGAUGGCAGCAUGGCACAGCUAGACCACAUCUGCCAAACAAGUCAAAACAGUGCCUUUUUUACUUUACAAGUGGAUAGUGCAAGAUUUUUGAUUCUCUGCUUUAUACUUUUUCUUGUUUCUGCAUUUUAUCACAUUUCAACUGGCUUUAUAAAUGCAAAUACUUCAGUUUUUAUCCUGUGAAAUAACCAUUCCACCUCAUCACAGAAAAGUUAACGACACAGCUUCAGGAGUCGGACUAAAGUGUGUUUAUGGUUCAAUGCAAAUCAUAUUGAUCAGAUGUUAAAUGAUUCAGCCACUUGAAGUGCAUUUACAGUAACAUCCUCAAGAGAUGUCAGUGAGGGUAUUUACUAGAUUUAAAGCAACCUUAACCUUAAGAAAGAAAAAACUCUUCUGCACAGGAAGACUUUAAUGUCGGUUACUGCUGGGACUAUAAGCACCACGAUGUUAGAUCCUGCAAAUGAUCCCCAAUAUAUUCCUCAAAUGACAGACAAGUGAUUUGUUAGAAGGUACUGAAUGUGUGACAGUUCUAUUUCUGUGAGGAUACUGUUUAAUUUAAAUUAAGGAAGGAAACUCAGGUUUGCAUGGGAUGGUUUUAAUAGCUGUCCUGCACUAACAUCACCCAAGCUAAAAAUUGAUUUGGUGUUGCCAAUUGUUAAAAUAAUGGAGUUAGUGUGUCCGUCAGCCCUACACAGUCUUAACUGGGUUAGACAGUGAGUCAGUGUGGCUGAGUAACUACGUAAUGUCUUAUACAAUUAGACAGUCAAUGUGCCCUGUGGUGUAACCACAUGUACCAUAGCAAUUCUUGGAAUGAUUAUCGUAUGACUGAUCAAUUGCAAACAGAACUAAACAGAUUGCUUUAUGCUGUGCAAUUCCUAAAACAAUUCUGGUUGUAUUAAUGUUUUCUCUUCCCAAGCCCAGUUACAUUCUCACUGAGAUUAGUAAAUGUGAUACCGUGGUAAAAGGAUAAACAGCACAGGGAGUCCAUAUGGUUCUUGGUUGGUUUGUACAGUGUUUACAGAUCAAGAAGUGGCCAGACCAUAGGAUAUAGACAGGCUAGAUUUACACGAUGUUAAAUAAAAGGAGGCAGACUACAAGAUUUCCAUCUCACAUGGAAUUCUGGGAACUGCAGUUGAUCACAUGAUGAUAGGUUUAUUGGCCAGUGGACUACAAGUGGAUUUAUAACCAAGAGGUCAAAAGGUCAAAUGAAACAUCAGAGGGUCGUCUAUCUGUCCCACCUGUUAGACAUCAAAGAAAAACCAGCCAUGCUGCUCACAGCAACUGGCAUUUAAAACAAUUAAGUUUCCUGUCAAGUCCCUGUGAUGAAUUAUCCGGAAGCUUUACCCGCUGUAAUUCUAAAUCUUCCCAACAAGUGCCUUUGUUGUAGAGAAAUUAAUGAAAACAAGAUUGUCUUUCAUAGGAGCUGAUCUAACAGCGCGACAGCCAGCUGCUCUUCUUUGGGAAUAAAAACAGUCAGCAUUAAACACAGCUCGCACAAAAUACUUUUUUUUUUUUAUCUACCACUCGUGUGGAAAACAAAUCAGGCGGCGAGCGCAGUGGCCAUCUGUUUUGUUAUUUGAUAUGUGUGAAUACAUGUUGUAAUGACUUUGUUUGUGAAUCACUCUGCGCGGCAGAACACACGAGAGCUCUCGAAGUGCUGGAGUGUUCAAAGCUAAUCAUAUAAUUGGACACAAUAGUCGAUGACAAAUGGAGACGCUUGGAGCCAGCCAGCUGGGGAAGUGAAUAUGUAAUCAUUGUAAAAUCAUAUCAUUUUUGCAUAUUUGAAGACAGCUUAAUAGAGUUUGCGUGUCAGCACACUAUCAAAUGAUGAUCAGAGACAGUGUUGCUGUAUUUGUUUUUCUAAAUAGUGUUUUGUUGGACGACUAAUCUUUAUCAUGAUUAAAAGUGUUUCUCAA